AUGAACCCAGAUCUUCCUAAAGAACUUGUUGAAGAUCCUAUUAUUGAAGAAGGUCCUGAGUUUGGUACAACUCCAGAAAUCCCAACCUUUGAUUCAUUCUCAUAUUCCAAUAUCCAUACCCAAGCAACAACUGAAGCAGUCCUAGCAUUUACCCUUGAUGAUUCAAAUGAUUCAUCAGAAUCAGAUGAUUCUUCCGAUGAUUCUGACUCAUUCCCCUAUGAAAUCCAAACAUUUGAGUUCUCAAAUAUCAUGAUAGCUCAACCCCUAGCCAAGAAGAUCAGACAAAUCCCCAAUAGUGCAGGCGGAGAUCUCCAAUUUGCUUUUUGGACAAAUCGCAACAACAUGGGUCAUCCCAAUCCAGAUGGUUCUAUUACAUGGAGAAAGGAGUAUCACACCAUAUUCCUCUCUGCAUAUUCAGAAUCUCAAGGCAUCCAGAGCGACAGUGGAAAUUAUCUGGGGAAUGAGUCAGAAUCAUCGGAAGAAUCAUCUGAUUCUGAUGAAUUAUUUGAAUCAUCAAAGGUAAAUGCUACGACUGCUUCAGUUGUUGCUUCAUCAUCAAUGAAAAAUAGUGAUUCAACAUCGCCAUCUUCAAGAUCAUCAUCAAUGAGAGCCAAAGAAUUCACUAUUUUGAAGGGAAUUGAGAAAAGCUUGCUUGAGGUUGACAUCAAUAUCCAUGCUGUUGAGAAGAUAAAAUCUUUGAGACAUACAAUCAUAAUGAAUCUCCCAGUCUUUUCUUUUGAAUGA